AUGCUCCUAGGCAGCAACGUUAACCCUAGUCACUUGGAUGGUUCUCCCGACUUUCGUCGCAAGCUUGACCUUCAGUCUUCUGCAGCCAAAGCCAUCAUGUCCGCUGACAAUGAUGAGCGUUUGCGUCGAGCCUUGCUUCGCCAAAGCCGUGUGACUUCGUCGGUGUUCGCCGUUGGCCAGCGUGUUUACUACUACCGUGAGGGUACUGGUGUUGGCCCCCGCAUCCGUUGGCGUGGCCCUGCCGUUGUUACCAUGGUUGAGCAAGACAGCCGCGGACGCCAGUCCGUUGUGUGGUUAGUGCACGGUGCCCAGCUUAUCCGAGCUGCCGCGGAGCACUUGCGUCGUGACUUCUCCGACUCAGAGCCUGUUGCCUCGCCCACACAAGCCCUGGAAACCCUUCGUGGCCGCGGCACUACCUCCUUCAUAGACCUGCCGAGGACCAACCGGAGGGUCCCCAGGGAUGAGGCCCACGCCAUGCCUAGUGAUGAUGAGGUUGUUGAGCCGGACCCCAAGCGUUCCCGUCCUCAUGUUGCAGUGGCUCCUGACCCGUCGCAUGUGGCACCACCUUCCGUGGACUUCCCUGCACCCGCUCCUUUACCUAACCCUCCGACUCCUACUGUGGACUUUCGUGAAGCGCCCUUGCCGGACGACGCGUCCGAUCAAUUGUCUGACGACGCCGCCGUGCCUUUGCCAGACUCCGACAUGCACCCUCAGGUUUCCGUGCCCGAGCCUGCCUUUGAGCCUGCGCCUGCUCAGCCUUCGCCUGACCUUCCACCGGCCCCCGAGCCUGUGCCUUUUGGCCCCUUUCGUGUGCCCGCGCAGGAGACAUUUGCAGAACGCCGUGCCCGCAUCGACCGUACAGAAACCUUGCCUUUCCACCGCCAGCCUGCCGCAGACCGCUCACGGUCGCCUCCUCCCAGUGCCGAGCCGGCCCUCACAGAGCAAGCCCACUUCUGUGACGUGCUACCCCAGUCCACUCCUUGCCUGCCACCUGGCUGGACUAUUGCCGGCGAUGGCCAAAUGCACCUUGACUCCGUGCAGGACCAGUGGGAAUUUGAUGGCCGUCACCUUUUGCGCCGUCACUUCGUGGCCCGGGAUCGUGCCUUUAAUCCUCUUUCCCCUGACGAUUGCCCAGUCCCUGUGCACAUGCUUAGCAAGGUGAGGCACACCUAUCGCGGCCGGCACCGCCACGAUAACAGGUAUAGGCAGGAGGCGCAUGACGCCUUUUACCAGGCUUCCGAUGGACACAGUUCCUACGUUGGUGCUAAACGCAAGGCCGACUUGGAUGAGAAGACCUUGAGUCUCAGUGACCGCCUUCUGUUCCAGGAGGCCAAGAGCAAGGAGCUUGCCAGCUUCUUCCAAAACUCGGUUUGGGAUUUCGAUCAUGAGUCUUCCGCACCGUCCGGGCGCAUCCUCAAAGCCCAUUUCAUCCUGAAGUGGUCCAAGAACCCCGACGGUUCUCCUCGAGCUAAAGCCCGCUUGAUUACCCAAAAUUUCAAGGACCCCGAUGCCCUUGGGGGUCUUGUUGACCGUACUGCCCCGACCUUGACUCGUUUGUCUCGGCACACGCUGCUGUCACUUGCCGCCAACUUGGGUUGGGGUGCCGCCACGGGCGACAUCAGCACAGCCUUCCUGCAGGGCAAGGAACACUCCACCGCUCGUACCUUGUGGAUUCGUCUGCCGGCUGACGCUCGCAAGAUGCUUGGGAUUACCGAGCCUUCUGUUGUCAUGAAAUUGCGGAAGCCCAUGUAUGGGCUAGUGGAUGCCCCUCGUGCUUGGUAUUGUGAAGCAACCGAACGGUUGGAGCGCCUUGGCUUUGUUCGCCAUCCUUUGGAUCAGUGCCUUUUCUUGCUUUACGACUGGGAGACUUUGGACUCUCUUGGUCGUCCGCAACUGGUGUGUGCACUUGGGCUCUACGUGGAUGACCUUUUGGCCAUUGGCAACUCUGUCGACCCUCGCUACUGUUCCGCCCGGGACCGUCUGCAACAGACCUUUGUCUUCCGUGAGUGGCAUGAGCGCAAGCCUUCCGUUGAGUACCUCGGUGCUGAGAUCGAGCAGAGCCCCGAAGGCGUCUUGCGUUACCAUCAAGCCAAGUACCUUUCCAAACUGCAUCCCAUCACCAUACCGAACUCGAGGCUUUGCGACCCCACAUCGCCUGUUACCGAAAGGGAGCGUACCCAGCUCCGUGCCUUGCUCGGUGGACUUCAGUGGGUUGCCACCCAGUCCUCGCCGCAUAUCCAACCUCACACUUCAAUGCUUGCCGGCCUUACCACCAAGGCAACAGUUUCGACCCUGCAAGCUGCUAACAAAGCCCUGAGGUUUGCUAAGCAUAACGCGGAUGUUGGCUUCAGUUACCCUUACCUUGGCCCGGUGGAUGAGUUGGUUGUGGUGGCUUACUCUGACGCUUCUUUCGCGUGCAGAGAUGACCUGAGCAGCCAGGGUGGCUACCUCAUUACUUUGUGCCACAAGGACGCAUUGGAAAAGGGCAAUGCUUUCACCUACCACGUGCUCGACUGGCGUUCCUUCAAGCUACCCCGUGUUGCCCGCAGCCGCAGCCGAUACUUCACCUCCUUGUUUCUCAAAGCGUUCUUUGAUCCUAAGCUGGACUUGAACUCUCCUGAUGCCGCGCGUUUGCCCCACAGCUCUGCGCUUGUUGUGGACGCAAAGGCCCUCUACGACCUGCUUCACCAAGAUGAGUUGCAAGCCCGUCUUGGGGCUGAGAAACGUACUGCCGUGGAAGUGCUUGUGACUAAGCAGCGCCUGGUUGAGGCCUCUGCUGUCCCCAGGUGGGUGUCUUCCGAACGGCAACUUGCCGACGGGCUUACAAAGGAGAGCGCAACGCAAUUGUUCGCCGACCGUUUGCGCAGCCACAAGAACCGCCCAACUGACGACCAAACGUACCAGGCUGCCCGUAAGAAGGAUCCUGCCAAGAGACAAGCCUCUGCCACUGAGUUUGCCAUUUCACGGCCCCAAGCACUCGCCUCUGCCAUGUUUGCCUGCUGCCUCACCACUGCCCGGGCCGAGCCCAUCAGCCCUCGGCCUAUGAACUUUGUGGACGUUGCUCUUGUGACUUUCUGUCAGACCGCGUCCGGUCUCGUGACAGGUGUCGGAGGCUAG